AUUCAAACCUUUUUUGUCAUCUGGUCAUUUGUCAAAUACACACAGAAGGCAGUUUUACAGAUAUGUUAUGAAAAAGUGUUUGAUUUUGAUUUUUUGACAAAGGCAUGCAAUUCGGAAAUUCUCAUAAAUAUUUCCGACAAAAAUGUCGUGUGAGGUUCGCUUGAUAGCUCACAUAAAAGAAAUCGAUGAAAUAAGGAGAUGUUUAUUCCCAACAGAUGAUCAAAGAGGUACUGACAGCUGGUUACAACUGUGUAAAAUAUCUCUUUCACCUAUUGGCGAUGUAAUUGCCAUAGCAAAUGAGAGGAAAAUUGUAAUUCUCACUUCCAAAUGGGACUCUGAAUCCUCCUUGGAUUAUUUUCAUAUCACUUACUCUGGAAGUAUUCAUGAAUAUGACAAAGUUAAAGCACUUGUUUGUAUACCGAUCAUUGAUCAUAAAGACAAAACACAUGAUUGGACCUGCAUUCUAGUGGGUUUUGAUUCAGGGCAUGUUAGGUGCUAUACAGAAACUUGCGAAAUUCUUUUCGAGGAACAAUUUCAUGCUGAAAAAAUUAUUUCAAUAAAAUGCCAGUCUCAGCAUAAUUCGAGAUCAGACAUAUCAAUUUUUUCUGGAGAAAAAAUAUAUAUUCAGUAUCAAAGUAUUAUAUGCUUUUUAAGGGGAGCAGAUUUUUUCCCUAUGUUGAAAAAGAUCAAAAGUGAAUUUGACAAAGGUGUUACAUUAAAUCAUACUCCAGUCAUACUUCCCAAGAAAUGGGGAUUCCAAGACCAGUCUGUUAUAAAUGACAGUGCAGUAGUUGGUGUAGGUUUUCCUUGUACUUUCGACUAUUUGACUUCAAUUUCCACUUGUGGGGGAUUUGAUACCCGGAGACAAUUGGAGACACCUCUUAUCACUCUGGUGUUAGCAGCUGGUUCUAAACCAUUUUUGGGAUAUCAUUAUGCUCCUGAAGCAGGAUAUCAGCACGAACUAAUUGAUGUUGCCAAAGCAGUUGCUAGUAAACUGAUAUCAGCAUUGCCGGAAUGGCUCACUGGUACAAAAUCUCAACCACCAAAACAGAUACCAUUAGCCAUGCAACCUGCUGAAAAUAUGCUAUAUGAGUUUGGUCUAUGCGACCUGGAACGUACUUCUACAGAAAUAAUCAUGUCUCCAGAUCACAAACUAGUAGCAGUAUGUGAUGCGCUUGGUCGAGUUUUAGUUGUUGAUUCUUUGCGAGGAAUAACCUUGAAGAUAUUUAAGGGUUACAGGGAUGCUCAGUGUUCUUUCACUCAAGUUCUCGAAGAAAAAAAAGGAAAAAAUAAAUCUGGUGAUAAAGUAGCAACGUUUUUAAACAUUUAUUCCCCUAAAAAGGGUACUCUGGAGAUUUUUUCCUUACAACUGGGAAAUAGGAUAGCUACUUUCACAGCUUCCAAACAUAGUAUUUUACAUUACUUUAAUUAUGGCCUAAUGGGAUUCACCACAUCAAGAAGAAGUAAAUAUAUUUGUCCGUACACUACCAUUCUCAUUGACAAUGAUGGUCAGAUGAAGGGAAUUUCAAUACCAUUUCAUUUUGCUUUGCCUGAGAAAAAUAAUAAACGUAUCAGAGAUAUCCAUCUGUAUAAAAAGUUACGAAAUCUUAUUAAAUCUGGUGAGACCGAAAAGGAAAAGUUGAUAAGGGAAGCCACUAAUACUUGUAAAGAGUUAAAAACAAUUGAAUUUCAGUCUCAAACAAUUGAUAUGCUAUUAGGAACUGAAAGUGUUUCUGCCACAGAUAAUUUAAAUUGUAUUGAGUGCAUACAACACAACUUAGCAGAUGAUCUUACUGAAGAAGGAGAACAUCUGAAAUCUAGGUGCGAAAAGGCUUCUACUUUACUGAAAUUAUAUUUAUUUGCUACUAGCCUAUCUGAUCGUGACAUGGAAAGCGGCGGCUCAACUCAGCAAGAUAAGAUUUUCCUUAUAGAUGAAAAAGAAAUGGAAACUAUAAAACGGUUAUUGGAUUUGAGAGAUGUGAAUAGUGAUGUUAAUCUCGGUGAGGUACAUGUGUCUUUUACAGAAGACUCAUCAUUCUCUUCCGCUGAAUUUUUAUCAGUAUUCGAUCUAUCCAAAAAUGAUGGUAUACAUCUCAAUGAAACCGUGAGCGAGACCAGUCUGUAUAAAACUUCGGAAGUUUUAUUCAAGCCUUAUAUUACAGGAAACCAUAAUUUGGAAGUGUUUCAAAAGGAAAUCAUGAAAACUGGACUUGCUACAAAGUAUUUAUUUCACCUCUUCAUCAAUUUUUGGGUUAACCGACCAAUGCAUAUCAAGGAUAGUUUGGAAAAAGAGUUAGGUAAUUUAUCCAAAUUGAUUUACACUAUAGCCAAAACUGCUGAUGAAGAAGUUAUCAAAACAGAGUAUAGUGAAAUUUCACAAUUUUGGAGUGAGGUUCGUUCCCUCUUGGCAAAGUCUAUCAGACCUUUGUCUGCACUCACAGCUGCUACUGUUUGUAAACAAGUGACCCAAGUCAUCGAAACUGAAUUGCACUCGGAUGAAUCUUCAAAUUUGGACGAUUUCAAUAUGGAGGUGUUGACACAGGAAAUUUUGGAAUGGUCAAUGUUAAUAGGAAAACUUGAAGAUGUUUCGUUUCUCAGCAUCAUUCUCUCUACUAAACCAACCGUUAAUGACUGCCCCCUACCGAAGCUCCAAAUUGAUAAUAUAAAUGUGAGCCUUGAAUAUGUUUUACAACAAGGAAGAGGUAGUGUAACUGAAUUAGUGGCAAAGUGGUUCACAUCAAUGGGAGUGAAUCAGGAUAAUAUUAAUUGGAAUGAAACACUUGAAGAUGAUAAAAAAGAAUCCGAACCAGCAUAUGCCCAUUUGGACCAUGAUAUUAACCAUGAAAAAAUUUUUCAGCAAUUAAAUUUGUUGAAAACAAAAUUUCCUUAUAGCCUGGAAAGUAGUUCUCUGCUGGCAAAUAUGGCUUGGGAAUAUGCUCAGGCAUGGCAAAGGAACAUUCAGAAUUUAGAUAACUUAGAAGCAGCAGUGCAAUGUCUCAAUUCAAUUAAAGAGGUGAAAAUUAAACAAGGUAUUUUCCAGUUGAUUUGGAACACUAAUAUGAAAAUUGUCUUUGAAAAUAUCUGUCAACUCAUCAAUAAAGUGGGAAAACUUUCAAAAGAACGUCUUUGUAGACAAGACACAGGCCUGUCUGACAAACAAAUAUCUUCAUUUACAGAAAUUUCCGAUGCAUUUUUGGGGAAUUUUCUGCAUACUAUAUAUGCCAGCCAUGAUGCGCCUGAACCUGAAUUGAUAUUCGAAAAUAUUUGGGAAUACGAAGGUCAGCCAUUAGUAGAACUUGCAGUACAUCAAAGAGAAGUGAAUGUUCAGUUAUUGCAAGCACACUGUCAGCUCAGUUUGGUUAUAGAGUUGAUUACUAUGGUUCCUAUCAAGUUCAAGAAGCCCAUCGACAAUCUUUUUCCAUCUUCAAUUGUCAGUGUAUUUUUUUUUGAUUUUCAGAAAAAAUGCCAGUUGAUUGACACCAGAACAGAUGAGAAAUUGAAUGAAUUUAGAGAACAAUUCCUCCUCAGAUUGAUUUCAACUAGCAUGGAAAGCAUUACCGUCGACGAACAUGAAGAAAUUCAUUCAGCAGACCACUCUAAAUGUAUGUUCAAAUGUAUCGACUUGGCUGGAAUUUGGUACUUGGAUGUUGAAUAUUUCAGGCGCUAUCAGGUGGCGCAAUUAUUCAUGAAAGGUUAUGAUAGUUUGGCAAAUUGGUUCGCCGGUCAGGUGACCACUAGAAAAGAACUAGGGAAAUUAUUGUUAAUAGUAACUGGAAAGAGAUUAAGAUUAUUUUUGUCCACUGCUCCGAAAAAACGUGAUAAUUUCACAGCAUUAACUCCCACUGUGUCAAUGUACUUGAGGUCAUUGGAUGAAGAAGAGUGCUCUCCUGUGCCCCUCAGAAAAAUAACUCAAUUAGCAAAUCUAACUCAUCACUGUUUGGUUCAGAACUAUGAAGAGACUCAUAAACUUGCUUCGUUAUUAUAUGAUGCAUGCAAAAAUUUAGAAGCAAUUCAUUUAUGAAAUAAUUAAAAUAGGGAGCGAUAAAUAUUUAGAAGAAAAAAUUGUUACCAAUUGCAUUUUUAGAUACUAUUUUACCAAAUAAGGUGUUUUGUUUGUUUAUUAAGAUUUAAUGUUUAUACAAGUUGAAUAUAUCAUGUGAUCCUUCAUACAAUAAAUUUACUAUACAUUUAAA